UCCUCGUGAGCGCGCGGAGAGGUGCACUGUGCGAACGUGAAGCAGAGACAGCAGGUCGGUCGAUGAGCUGGGAUACAGACCGUGCUAAGCACCGGCUGAAAAAAAAAAACAAGCAGAAGACCGGAACGGUUGAGUUCAGCGGCGACGGCGGUUUCUUCUCCUGUGGACUAACGUUACGGAAAGUUUCAUCAAACGGUACCCACCCAACGCACAUCGAGGCUCAGAAAGACUGUCCACAAUGUCGGGGAGCAGGGAAGAGGAGAGGAGGAAACUGGCCGACAUCAUCAACCACUGGAACGCCAACCGGCUCGACCUGUUCGAGAUCAGCCAGCCCACAGAGGACCUAGAGUUUCAUGGCGUGAUGCGGUUCUACUUCCAGGACCGGGUCGCCGGUAACUUUGCCACCAAGUGCAUCAGAGUCUCCAGCACAGCGACGACGCAGGAUGUCAUCGAGACGUUAGCAGAGAAGUUCAGACCAGAUAUGAGGAUGCUCUCCUCACCAAAGUACUCUCUGUAUGAGGUGCAUGUCAGCGGCGAAGAGCGUCAGCUGGACCUGGACGAGAAGCCUCUUGUUGUUCAGCUGAACUGGAACAAAGACGACAGAGAGGGACGCUUCGUCCUGAAGAACGAGAACGACAUCCUGCCCAAGAAGAGUCAGAGCAACGGUCCAGAGAAGGAGAAGGAUGGAGUGAUUCAGAAUUUCAAGAGGACUUUGUCUAAGAAGGAGAAGAAGAAGGAGAAGAAGAGGGAGAAGGAGUUUGCUCGGAUCCCCGAUGGAGAUGAACAGGCCCUCAGCCGCGAGGACGGAGAAAACAGUCAUCUGGCAGCAGAGGUUUAUAAGGACAUGCCAGAGACCAGCUUCACCCGGACCAUCUCAAACCCUGAGGUGGUGAUGAAGAGGAGACGCCAGCAGAAACUGGAGAAACGCAUGCAGGAGUUUAUGAGCAACGAUGGUAGGCCCGACUCAGGAGGCACUUUAAGGAUUUAUGCCGACAGUCUGAAGCCCAACAUCCCUUACAAGACCAUCCUCCUCUCCACGAGGGAUACCGCUGACUUCGCUGUGGUGGAGGCGCUGGAGAAAUACGGGCUGGAGAAGGAGAACCCCCGGGAGUACUGCAUCGCUCGGCAAGAUGAAAAGUCAGGCAAAGAGGCGAUUCUGGAUGAUUUAGAGUGUCCGCUGCAGAUCUUCAGAGACUGGCCAACAGACCGAGGAGCAUUGGUGUUCCAGCUGAAGAAGAGACCUCCUGACUACCAGGGGAAGAAAGGGAGGAAAAUGGACGAGAGGGGCCUCAGAGGAUCACUGCCUCCGGAGAAACUGCCAUAUUUGGUGGAGCUUAGUCCAGGCCGAGGGAAUCACUAUGCCUACUACGCCUAUCGGCACCAAGAAGAUGGUUCUGACUCUCGGGACAAACCAAAGCUGUACCGGCUUCAGCACAGCAUCACUGAGGUGGGCUCAGACUGCACAGACGAUGGGGCCAUCCAGCUGCUCGGCCCUGGGAUCCUGCCCCACCACUGCAACCUGAUGCACACUGAAGGUAUGGUGACUGUGACGCCACACGGCCCUGAUGCUGACACCUUCGUGGAUGGGCAGCGCGUUACCGAGACGACGGUGCUGCGCUCAGGUUCCACACUGCAGUUCGGCACUGCACACGUAUUUAAGUUUGUGGACCCGAUGUUUGAUCAGGGAGGGAAGAGAGAACCGGCAGCCGUGAUGAGAGGUCGACACAAAUCAGGCAGCAUACCAGAAACCACCUCCGACCUUCACGGGGACGUCCACGGUGGAGCGGCUCUGCCUACCAGCAAGAGUUCAGGAAAGCUGGAUAUGGAGCGAGGAAUGGUCAAACCGAUGAUCAGAGGGGAGCAGCAAGACAGCAGGUCUCAGGACAGUUCAGCAGACAGAACCGAGCUGACUCUUCCCGCUGGCAUCGAGUUCAGAGACAACUCUGAAGACACCUUCCUGUCGGCCAUCAUCAACUACACAAACAGCUCCACAGUCCACUUCAAGCUCUCACCAACCUACGUCCUCUACAUGGCCUGCCGCUACGUCCUGUCACCCACUUACCGUCCAGACAUGUCGCCAUCGGAGCGGACGCACAAAGUCAUCGCCAUCGUCAACAAGAUGGUAAACAUGAUGGAAGGAGUCAUCCAGGAGAUUCCUGAAGGGGAUCAGAAGCAGAAGAACAUCGCAGGAGCACUGGCUUUCUGGAUGGCCAACGCCUCUGAGCUGCUUAACUUCAUCAAGCAGGACAGAGACCUGAGUCGCAUCACGCUGGACGCUCAGGAUAUCCUUGCUCACCUCGUCCAGAUGGCCUUCAAGUACCUGGUCCACUGUCUGCAGGCUGAUCUGAACAACUACAUGCCUGCCUUCCUGGAUGACCCAGAGGAGCACAAUCCACAGAGACCAAAGAUCGAGGACGUCCUGCACACACUGACCGGCGCCAUGUCGCUACUGCGCCGCUGCAGAGUCAACGCCGCUUUGACCAUCCAGCUCUUCUCGCAGCUCUUCCACUUCAUCAAUAUGUGGCUGUUCAACAAGCUGGUGACGGAUAGUGAUUCGGGGCUGUGCUGUCACUACUGGGGGGCCAUACUUCGGCAGCAGCUCAGCCACAUUGAGGCCUGGGCUGAGAAACAAGGCCUGGAGCUUGCUGCGGACUGCCAUCUGAGUCGCAUCGUGCAGGCCACCACCCUGCUGACGAUGGAUAAAUACUCCAUGCAGGAUGUGCAGAACAUCCACAACACCUGCUUCAAGCUCAACUCCCUGCAGCUUCAUGCCCUCAUGAACAACUAUCACUGUGCUCCAGACGAGCCCUACAUCCCGCCUGAGCUGAUUGACCAUGUGGUGGCAGUGGCUGAAAACACAGCUGACGAGCUGGCGAGGAGUGACGGCAGGGAGGUGCAGCUGGAGGAGGAUCCAGACCUCCAGCUGCCCUUCCUCCUCCCUGAGGAUGGCUACUCCUGUGAUGUGGUGCGAAACCUCCCCAACGGCCUGCAGGACUUCCUGGAGCCGCUACUGCAGAGAGGUUUCUGCAGGUUAGUACCACAUCCACGUUCGCCCGGUACCUGGACCGUCCACUUUGAAGGAGCUGAUAACGACAACCACUUCUCUGCUGCUGACACCUCUGAAAUGCCAAUGAGGAAAGAGCCGGAGGUUGUCACGGUAACCCUGAAGAAGCACAAUGGCAUGGGCCUCAGCAUUGUGGCUGCCAAGGGUGCUGGUCAGGAGAAACUGGGCAUCUACAUCAAAUCCGUGGUUAAAGGUGGAGCAGCUGAUGUGGACGGCCGUUUGGCAGCAGGUGACCAGCUGUUGAGUGUUGACGGCCGCAGUCUAGUCGGCCUGUCUCAGGAAAGGGCGGCAGAGCUGAUGACAAGAACGGGCUCCGUUGUGACUCUGGAGGUGGCCAAGCAGGGAGCCAUUUACCACGGACUGGCAACCCUCCUCAACCAGCCAAGCCCCAUGAUGCAGAGAGCGUCGGACCGCGGUCGGGAUAAGAACGGGAAGAUGCGACCAAAGAGUGAAGGCUUUGAGUUGUACAACAACACUGUGCAGAACGGUUCUCCAGACAGCCCACAGCCUGGCUGGGAGUCCUACCCAGAACCAAAGAAGAUGAGCGGAGAAGACCGACUUCUGAAGAACCGGGUCGACCACCGCUCUAGCCCUAAUGUAGCCAAUCAGGGCCAGAGUCCUGCCACCAAGUCUGUGUACCCUGGAGGACCCGGCACCAAGAUCACCUCCGUCUCCACUGGAAACCUUUGUGCCGACGAUGAGCCCUCCCCCCCACAUCCAGAGGCCUACCCCAUCCCCACCCAGACCUACCCCAGGGAGUACUUCACCAUCCCAACCUCUAAGAGCCAGGAUCGGGUUGUGGGUCCGGGACAGGUGCCCUCACAGCACUGGCAGGGCGUGGAGGAGCGAGAGCGCCUCCCUGUGGUCGACAACAGCAUGCAGCGGAUAAAUCACUCUCAGGAGGAUCUGUACCCCCUACCGGUGAGGCCUGAUGAACGCAUGCAACCACAUUAUCCACAGGACUACCAGCUCCGAGGUCCACCAGGAGGAGUCGGAGGACCACAGGACCUUUGGACUUCUCAGCAACAGAUUCCCUCCUCGCUGGAGUCAUCGACAUCGAGUCAGGAGCACCUCAACUUCUCCUCCUCCUCCACUUCAUCUAACAAAGGUCCGAACCAGAAGGCCGGGCCGGGCCGGUGGAAGACUCCCAACACACCUCACAUUGUUCCACCCAAUUCAGUGCAGACGCCGUCUCGCUCCGACCUGCCACCCCCACCGCCGCCUCCACCACCUGCUGUCUACCCCGACAUCUACGAACCCCAGCCUGACCUGCCGCUGCCACCACCCCCCACCACCAUUAGCCCGGUGUCGGCCCAACAAGCCGCCGAUCGCAAGAAACGAGAGGAGCAACAGCGUUGGUAUGAGAAGGAGAAGGCUCGGCUGGACGAGGAGAGGGAGAGGAAGAGGAGGGAGCAGGAGAGGAAGUUGGGUCAGAUACGGGCGAACCCUGUGAUGCCUGUCCAACCCCACAAUGGAGGAGCCAUGCCUCCCCCUCACCACCAGCCCCCUGUGGCCUCUAUGGCUCCACCCCAGCCUUACCUCCCCCUACAGCCUCAGCACCCCCCAUCCAGACCAGAGAAGCUGUCCAGCCUCCCGAGGUCUGCGGUACCUCCCCCCAUUAGUUCCUCCAACCCCACAGGCAUGGACACGGUGAUCCGGGAGCUGCUUCCUCAGCAGCAGCCGCGGACCAUCGAGAGGCGAGACCUUCAGUACAUUACCAUCAAUACGGAGGGGCUGACGUCCAGCGACAGCUUAUCUCCAGAUCCCUGGAAGAGAGACGCUCGGGAAAAGGCAGAGAAACAACAGCAGCUUCACAUCGUGGAUCUGCUGGACAAAGAGAUCCAGGAGCUCCAGGCGAAACCGGAGCGAACGGCUGAGGAAAGCGACCGCCUCAGGAAGCUGAUGCUGGAGUGGCAGUUCCAGAAACGACUACAGGAGUCCAAACAGGGCGACGAAGAUGAGGAGGAGGAGGACGAUGAGGACAUGGACGCUAUGCUGAUCAUGCAGAGGCUGGAAGCUGAGAAGAGAGUCAGGCAGACUGCUGUCCCAGCUAUCUCUGUUCUAGACUUGUUGCAGGACGAGGAGCGACGGCGUAAGCAGCAGCUGGAGGAGAUUCGAAAGCGGGAGGCAGAGGAAAGGAUGAAGCAGCAGCAGGAGGAGGAGAGGAGGUGGAGGGAGGAGGAGAGAGCCAAACGGGAGGCGGAGGAGAAGAGGAGACAGGAGGAGGAGUACUACACUCGCCUGGAGGUGGAGCGGCGGCGGCAGCACGAGGAGGCCGAGAGAAAGCUGCUGACGCCCGACGAGCCGGCCGGUCUGUAUCGGCCCCCGCUUCCACGGGAUUACCAACCCCUCGCCCCCCACAACCCUACUAACACCCCCCCGCCCCCACCACAGAGAAACACCUCCUACCUCAAAACACAGGUCAUCUCCCCCGACACGCUCUACACUGCCAAGUUCGUGUCCUACGCAGGCGAUGAGGAAGACGAGGAAGAAGCCAGCUCAGCAGGGAGCGGCGGCGGCCAGUCAGGUCAGGCGAAGCUGUCGGCGACCCGGAAGUCGUACGGCGACCUCCCGGCCUCCGCCAGUCACAGCAGGCCCCAGCCGCCGCCCACUGCUCGCAAGCCCCGCCCGCAUUCUGACGGCAUCUUCCUGUCUGGCUUGUUCCAGCCGCCAGCCAACAACUCCAACAGUACGGCCCCCCCCCUACCCGCCAAACCCAGCUCUGUCCCCCCAGGAGGCUUUAAAGGAUUUAACUCGUACACUGGAAACUCGACAGGAGUUGUAGGAUCAGGAGAAGUCUACAAGGACCUGAGGGACAAAUGGACAAGGAGUCAGGAGCAGGAGAACUCAAUCCCCAGUGACGCUCCAGAGAGUCUCACCUUUAAAGAGCGCCAGCGCCUCUUCUCUCAGGGGAAGGAGGUUUCCAACAAGGUCAAGGCUUCCCGUAAACUCAUGGAGCUGGAGAACGAGCUCAACACCAAGCAGUAGGCCCGAGUGCCCCACCUCCCAGUGCCACCUUAACGCCAGCGUCACCAGGGUAAUGUUAAGGUGGAGCUGGGAGAAACCCAGAUCCAGAGAACCGGCGCUCGCCUCCCUGACACUGACCGUCUCUUCCUGUUUGUUUUAUCAUUUUUUAAUCAUCAAAAACUGGACUCUUCACCUGUAUUUUAUUUGACUGCAGCCAGACAGACAUUUAGUUUAAAAAUUCCCUCCCCUUGCCCGAGUCUGUCAAAGAUGUAUAACGAUAACGCACUGUAAAAAAGUUUUGAUUAUUUCUAGUGAGAAUUUGAAAAUCACACAACAAAGGGGAAUAUAUUUUUGUUUGUAAAAUGGUUUUUGGGGCGAGGGGUCUACAAAGAUUUCUCAUUUUAAUUUUUUAAUAGUUAACUGAAAUAUGAACAAUUUUAUGGUGUUAUUUUAUGCUUCUUUUCUCUUUAUUAUGUUGUUUUCACUCUUAAUUCUUUCUCGCCAGCAGAUGAAACCUGACGACAUUCUUUUACUAUUAAUUUUAGCUCCUUUGUUUGUUUUUAAUGAUUAAAUUCUCAGUGAGUGGAAACACUGUUUCUGAUUCCGUAGCUGCAGAGAACGGGAUUUCUUUAUUUUUGUGACGUUCUAGACAAAAUGAAAGAUGCUCCAGAGGAGGAUCGUAAAGCCCACAGGUCUCUAAGUGCACAACAUUACUGUAAAUACUCCAGUCCACAACUGUCUCUUUUACUACUGUAGAAACCUGCCAGGAAACCAUAAAAAAUCUGCUACACUAAUUCAAAAACAUCCUUUUUGUGACUAAACCUGACAGCAACUUUCUUUUUUGUAUUUCUUUUUUGCUGAGUUGUGUGAAAUUAAUUUGCGUGAUUGAACCAUAAAACAAACUCAAUCACAAUGUGAUUAAUUUUGGUUUUCACCAAAAAAUAUCGAACUACUCUUUAAUUGCUUGUUUACUUAACAGAUAUUUAUUUCAAUCCUUGUGGAAAUGAAACUUACCUGCUCAUAUUUUAUUAACUAUCUGCAGACUGUUUGGAGAAGUGGAUUAUAUUUGGGACCUUUCAUACUGUGGUAAUCAGUGUUUUCUGUGUUUGAGACAAAUGUUUGUUUUUUCUUUCACACCAGCUGUUGCUGCAGAUGUUUUAAACAUCAGAGUUCUAAAACAGUUCAUAAACAACUUUUAUGUUUCGUCAGGAUAAGUGAAGAUGCUGUUAUACUAACUGACCUUAAAAAAGAAAAACACGACCUGCGUUUCUUCCUUUACCUUCAACAACUUUUAGGUUUCAAAAUGAAUGGAAUCAUUUAAAUGGUUUCAUGUUUAGCCUUUUGUAAAUCAAUAAAAACAAAAUUUUCAACA